UCCCACGUUCCUUUUAGCUUAGUGUCAAUUAGUAAAAAAAAACUACCAAAGUCAUUAAAUUUAGGUCCUACCUCUAAAAAAUAAAACUAUUUUUUUUAACCAAAGCUAGACUUAAAGAUGUCAAAUCAAAUGCCAAUUUAUAGCCAAGUCGUACCAAAAUCGCAAUAUCGGGCAAGAAAUGGAAAAGGUACGAGAGAGAGACCGCAGAACUUGGCCCGAUCGGACUUUGAUCCGUUAAAUUACAACCAUGGUGGAAAUUUCCAAGUUAUGAACACCCCCAUUGAGACACGACCUGAGAAAACAGAGAAAAAGGAGGCUAGGAGGGCCAAAGAGGAGACACGAGAGCGUUCCCGCAGGAAAGAGACUAGAAACGACCCGAGCGAGGGCAAGGUCGAGGCGUAUUUGAGGCAAAAUCAAGUCAGCAUACGGCAGCAACAACAUCGGCACUCUGCCGUAAGACAAGCGGAGCAUAGAGUCAAUCUUAGAUCUCUUCCAUUAAACGACGUGCCGCCAACUCGCGGUGGGCAUGAGCGAACACCAACCGAGCGUCACCGAGGUUUUCCCGAGCGCGAAAGAGAUGUCCCCAGAGAUCGGGAUCACCGCCGCGAGAGAGAGAGGGACAGAGAAAAUUUUGAUUUUGAUACAACUCCACUUAGCCCAGUGGCUUCUCGUCAUCAAGAAUCCUCACGUCCUGUUCGCAAGUCCUCCUCAGCUCACAGAGUGUCCGAGACAGCAAUAUCAACCGACAAACGGCGUUUCUUCUGCCGAGAAUGGGCAUUCCAGAAGAUUGCCCAUUGCCUGGAACAACGACCGGUUAGCAAGACCUGUGGUGCGCUUAUAUUGGGCGACGCCGGCAGCGGCAAAACGGCACUCUGCCAAGAACUCAGUCAACCAGGGCAAGGCCCGCAAGCAAGACAGCAGCGAGCGUUGAACCGAAGAUUGUUGGCUCGGCAUUUUCUGCAGAGCCAAAAUGAGAGCAGUCUCCGCUGUGGAGAGUUCAUCCGGUCUCUCGCGAUGCAGAUCUUGAGCCACUCGUCGAAACGCAAUCCAAACAAGAACGAUAGCUCCAACGCAGAUAGAGAUCCUUCACCUGGACUCUCCCAAAGUUCGCCGGGUAAUAGACGGAACUCUGACGAGGAAAAACUCAUCGAUAGAUUCAAAGAUCUUGGCGAUGACGGCGAAGAGAGUUCCAAGCCGCUCCUUGCCGAUAGUGAAGACCAGCGCUCGGACGAGGAGGAGGGCGGUGGGGGCGGCGGGGGCGGCAGUGGCGGCGCGCGGCGCACGCGCACCAUCGACCGCAUCCACGAGCGGGACGCCUACCUCGACUCGCUCAUCGACGACGCCGCACUCAGCGCCGUCGACGACCUACCAGAAAUCCUACCUCGAGCAUCAAAACCAACAGCGACCAACCCGUUCCUAUCUGAAGACCAAAAAGACGACCUUCGUUUGUACGAAAAUCACGAGAACGUGUUCCUAAGGAACAUAUCUCAGCGACAAUCGAAGGAACUUCGGAACUCGCGACUUGUACGACAGAGUUCUGAACCCUUGACCGACAAGAAACCCUCACUGUUACAGAAGAGUCUUUCCACUGACCAGGACACAAAAGAAGACAGGAAAGUCGAAAACAGUCCACCAAAAUCUCGUAUACCAGUGGCCAAUUUCAAAUAUCCCAACAAAAGCGAUUUGAAACUUCCCAGCACUGAAAACAGCCCUCACAAGACGAAUCCCAACAACGCGAACCAUAAUAAAACCGAUACCGACGAUUCGGAGAAACUAGAAAACUCAGAAAAGCAAGAAAAUGCAGACAACCACGACGCAGAACUACCAGAAUACCAAAACGUUUUAAAACCAAAUUCAACAGAGCCAUUAGAUGUGUCCAAUCCGAAUGUAGAGCUGGAAAAACUUUUAGAAAAGAAGCGGUCCCAGAAUGACGAUGUGCCUCCGCCUAUUCCUUCUUUGCCAGUGUCGCCUAGAACUUUGAUAGCGAACGCAUAUUACGACAAGUUGUUAUCAGAGCCAGAAAUACAACAGGCGUUGUUGCCCCAGAAUUUGGAGAAAAACCCAGAUGAAUGUUUCAAAAAGGCUUUGCUGUUUCCUCUAUUGGAAAUUGACCCGCCGAAACAGUGUUUAUUCUUGCUGGUGGAUGCUAUUGACGAAGGAAAUUUUAACGGCCAACUGGAUUCAAGCGAUGAGGCCGCGAGUAGUGUCGCAGCGCUGUUGUCGCGCCACCAGCAUUUAUUCCCGCAAUGGCUGCUGCUCGUUUGCACUGCACGAAAACACUCGAAGAAUCUCACUAAGAUGUUUACGGGAUUCAGGAAGAUAACCUUGGACGAACUGCAACGUGCCCACGUAUCGGCAGACGUGCAAAGAUAUGUUCUAGCCAGACUCGACACCGAGCCUCGACUCAGAGCGCGCGUGUCGUGCGACUCGUUGGCCGCCGCCGCCGCCGCGCACGCGCUGGACCACCUGCGCAUCAAGAGCGACGGCUGCCUGCUCUACCUCGAGAAGGUUCUGGAUGGCGUUGCAGACGGGUUUAUUGCCCUUCGCGAAAUCAGAGAGAUUCCAGGCACAUUGAAUGGACUAUACUUGUGGUUGGCGCAACGACUGUUUCACGGGAGACGAUUCACAAAGGUCCGUCUCCUCUUGGACGUGCUGCUGGCAGCUCGCUGCGGAGUCACCGAGGAGAUGCUCUACAAAUGCCUCCUUACAAAAGAAUACAGCGUCACCAGGGAGGAUUUCAACAGGCGGUUGCAUUUACUGAGAAGAAGUGUCUUAUUACCAACAUAA